AUGAGUAGUUAUUCUGAUAAAAUAAAUGUACUUUUUGUAUGUCUUGGAAAUAUUUGCAGAAGCCCAAUGUCUCAGGGCGUUUUUGCAGAUUAUGUUGUAAAACAUAAUCUUCAAGAUAGAUUUGGUUUAAUUGACAGCUGCGGAACCUCUGCAUAUCAUAUUGGCUCAAAACCUGACUCUAGAACUCUUUCAGUGUUACAAAAAAAUGGUAUAAAUCUUAAUCACCGAGCUAGACAAUUACAUAGGGAAGAUUUCAAGAAUUUUGAUUAUAUUCUUGUGAUGGACACUUUAAACUUAGAGGAUGUUAAUUAUAAACGUCCUAAAGAUUGCCAUGCAAAGAUAAAACUAUUUGGAGAUUAUGGAAUGAAGAAUGAAGAAAGGAUCGUGUAUGAUCCUUAUUAUGGAGGGAUAGAAGAUUUUGAAAAAAUUUUUACACAACUAAGUUCAUUUAGCGAAGGGUUUUGCUACAAUGUUUUAGGAAAAUAA